GAAAAACAAAAAGCGUUGAACAUAAGCAAAGCCUUGUUUGGUCUUCUUCUUCUACCUAUCGUUUCUGACUUGUUAUUAGACAAGUGAAUGGCUGAGUCGGAGACUCCGACUUCUUAUCAUCCUGACCCCGAGGAUCUCCGGCGUAUACCAGUCGAUCUCUUCGCUUCCAAGAAGCUUCCCGACCUCUCCUCCGACGAUCUCGGAUUUGUCGAUUCUUCCGAAAAUCUCGUCUUCAUCCUCCGCAAAUCUUCCUCCUCUUUGAAAUCGCUCCUUGAUUCUUCCGGAGUUCCUCUUUUCUCCAUCUCUCGUCUCCGUAAUGGAGUUUGGGAAUUACAUAAAGGGGAUAUCGAAAAGCGUAAGGAUUUGGUGUUAACGGUGAAGCGGACAUCGAAAAGAUUCAGUAAGACAGAGUUAGAGGUCUCUUUUGCUGGAGAAUCGUCACAAGUUCUUGUAAUCAAAGGUUGCCCCUUUCAGAAAUCAUGUACCAUUUAUAGUAAAGACUCCAUUGUUGCGCAGACGAGUUUGAUGUACAAGCUGAGACAGAUUUAUGUAGGGAGAAGCAAGUUCCGGCUAACGAUAUUUCCGGGAUCCAUCGAUCAUUCUCUAGUAGUCGCAAUGGUAGCCGUGUUUCUUCAAGGCUGAAAAAAAAUGAAAAAUCCUCAAAUUUAUAUUACUACUACUGUAAAAGGAAAAUGUGACAGAACAAAAGGCGUUUAGUUGAUUGCAAAUAUUUGCAUCCUUAAAUUGCCUUUUGUUUGAUUCAUUCGGCUCACACUUGAAUUUUUGAUACGACGAGAAUCUCAAAAAAAAAUCGGUAUUAUGUACCAAUGGUGUUUCAUGAAUCUUAUCACAUGAAUAUUGAGAUCAAAGAAGAAAAAGAUUUGCACUUUAAAAAGUUUA